AUGCUUAUAAAAAUCGAUCGUAAUGUCUUAUCAUUAAUAGAAUGUGAUAAUGGAAAAUACUAUGGUAUGCCCAUAUAUAAAUGUAUUUAUGUUCUUGUUUAUCAUUCGGAUAAUAAAGAAUUAUCAUCUGUUACAACUUUCGAAGAUUUACUAGAAAUAGCAUCAAAACGACAAUUUAUAAUGAGAAAACCAGGUCGAGCAUUAAAACUAUUAAAUUAUUUAACAUUACAAGGUCAAAAGAGUACAUUGAGAAAUAUAACAGAAGAAAAUUUAAAUAUGAAUAUAAUUAAUCGGUUAAGUCAUUUUUAUAAAUAUUCAAAAGUUUUACUUAAUCCAACUGAUUGUUAUUCAUUUUUAAAAUUUAUCAUUUUAUAUUGGUUUUAA